AUGGAGACUCAAUCGAUCAAGGUACAUGUCAGUGCAAUCGCGACGCCUCAAGGUUCGUCAUUAGGGCUAUUAAGCACGGUGUUUAUAACCCUAAUUCGGGAGAUCGAGGAGUUUAUGGUAGACGAGGGUGAUGAUGGUCGUAUCUCGAGUCUCGGUUCUUACAAAGAUUCAUCUUCUCAAGACCAACAAAUCUUUCUCCGACUCCAGAACUUCGCACCGGACAACGUUCAUCAACCCAUCGAUAGCCAAUUCCACGAUCGCGUCUUGUCUCGGCUUAUAACUGAUCAGAUCGUUGACGAAUCGAAGCGGAAAGACUUGCCACAAGAGCCGUUGUUCGUGAAGGUGUUGGUCAAGUUGACACAGAAAGUGUACAUGGUGAUGCCUCCUUCUUCCACGACGGCGAAAAAAUCGGAGUCGGAUUUUUGCUGUGCGAUUUGUCUCGAGGAUAUGUCCGAGUCAGAGAAUCUCUGUCAGUUGCCUGAUUGUGGGCAUAUGUUUCAUGAGGGAUGUUUCGUAAAGUGGUUGGAUCGAGACAGAGACUCUUGUCCUCUCUGUCGCCAAUCGCAAAACCCAUCAACGAACAAGCCAAGUGAAGCUUUGGAGAAGUUAAGGGAGGCUUAA